AUGAAUACUAUAAAUUUUGGUGAAAGAAAUUCAGGUCCUCAGGUGGGCGUCAACAAUGGGGUGAUAAAUCUCGGCGCGGAGCCACUGGAAUUUCGCCCUGACCCUCUAUCGACUGUACCAGUUCCACACGACCCAGACUUUGUGGGUCGUGAUGACCUUCUUAAUCGGAUUCACGAGCAAUCGUCGGUCCCGGGGUCUAGAAUAGUUCUCGUUGGUCUCGGUGGCGUGGGGAAAACUCGGCUUGCCGUCGAAUACUGCCACCAAGUCCGACAGCAAUCGCCUCACACCUGGGUUUUCUGGGUUCAUGCAAGUAAUGCGGCCCGCAGCGAAGAAAGUCUCCGUAAUAUUGCCGAGCGUACUAAGAUUCCCGGACGCAGGGACCGUGACGCUAAUAUAUUCCAACUCUUCGGGAACUGGUUGCAAGAUGGAAAGAUCGGAAAGUGGAUUCUUGUGCUUGAUAAUUUGGAUGAUGACGAGCUUCUUCGCAAACCAUUGGCAACUAGUACGGAUGAUAAAGCAAAUGCCCAGAACCAUAACUCGACGCAGCCACCCCUCAAGUACCUUCUCGAAAGCUCGGAAGGCUCUAUUAUCAUCACGAGCCGGAACAAAGGGGUAGCAUUAGAAAUCGCCGGCUAUAUGAAACACCUAAUCGAUGUGCAACCAAUGGCUAUAGACGAGGCGCUAGUUCUAAUACAGAAGAAGUUGGGUUCUGGUAUACAGAGAGCGGACUUGGUUCAGCUAGUUGAAGAGCUUGAGUUUAUGCCACUCGCGAUUAUACAAGCGGCCAGCUACAUCACCCACCGUUCACCCCGUUGCUCAGUAUCGCAAUACCUAGAGAAGCUUCGGCAUAGUGAUCAUCAAGCCAUUAAGCUUCUUCAUCACGAGGGAUAUCACACGCACCGAGACUGGGAAGCAAAGAACUCCAUCUUAUUGACUUGGCAAAUAUCGUUUGACCAUAUCCGACGAACAAGGCAGUCUGCGGCUGAUUUACUGUCUCUUAUGAGCUUUUUCGACCGCCAGGGUAUUCCGGAGGAUCUUCUACGGGUGCAGGGUAAGGGGAAAACUAAUAGAAGUUCGGGUUCUCUAGGGGAAAUAGCGAACACCUCCAGUGGAGAAGAUACAGACAGUUCGUCUGAAGACGACCUAGAAGAUGGUUUUGAGAACGACAUUGCGACUCUCAGAGACUAUUCCUUCAUUGCUACCUGUGAAGAUAGUAUGAUGUUUACGAUGCAUCGGCUAGCGAAUAUGAAACUUGGGAGAGAUGCCGGUCCCUGUUUCCACAUGUUAGGUCGGCCGUUUUACAUCGGCCGGAAUCGCAAGACUCACUCCGAAGUUGGGCUGCGCUACUCUACAGGGGGGGCUUGGUAUGCGAUAAAAUGUGGUAGUAUUUCGGUUGCAGAGGAUUUCGCAGCUAUGUCAAGGAAACAAAGAAUGAAGAUUGGUGGCGCCGAGGAUAAAGACACCCUUAAUAGCACUACAAUUUUAGCAGAAGCUUAUCGAAUAGAGGGGCGAUGGGAAGAGGCGGAGCAGCUCCAGGUGCAGGUCAUGGAGACUCGCAAGACGAAGCUCGGCGUGGACCAUCCCGACACGCUGAGUAGCAUGGCCAACCUGGCGUCGACGUAUUCGAACCAGGGCCGGUGGGAAGAGGCAGAGCAGCUCCAGGUGCAGGUCAUGGAGACGAGCAAGACGAAGCUCGGCGUGGACCAUCCCGACACGCUGAGUAGCAUAGCCAACCUGGCGUCGACGUAUUGGAACCAGGGCCGAUGGAAAGAGGCGGAGCAGCUCCAGGUGCAGGUCAUAGAGACUCGCAAGACGAAGCUCGGCGUGGACCAUCCCUCCACGCUGAGUAGCAUGGCCAACCUGGCGUCGACGUAUUGGAACCAGGGCCGGUGGGAAGAGGCGGAGCAACUCCAGGUGCAGGUCAUGGAGACUCGCAAGACGAAGCUCGGCGUGGACCAUCCCGAUACGCUGAGUAGCAUGGCCAACCUGGCGUCGACGUAUUCGAACCAGGGCCGGUGGGAAGAGGCAGAGCAGCUCCAGGUGCAGGUCAUGGAGACGAGCAAGACGAAGCUCGGCGUAGACCAUCCCUCCACGCUGACUAGCAUGGCCAACCUGGCGUCGACGUAUUCGAACCAGGGCCGGUGGGAAGAGGCGGAGCAGCUCGAGAUACAGGUUAUGGAGACUCGCAAGACGAAGCUCGGCGUGGACCAUCCCGACACGCUGAGUAGCAUGGCCAACCUGGCGUCGACGUAUUAG